AUGCCUAUGACCGACCCUAUUCUAACUCCAACUCGCGAAGGACCACCAGCGGAUCCAGCUCUUCUUGCCAAUGCAGGAUGUACUGCUGAUGCUAGUGAAGCAGGGAUCAAUAUGGCUGUCACCACUAUGCAAAAAUUCGGACGCGAAUUGGAGCAGUUUCCAGCCGAAGGACGUAGACUUGUGGAGCAAGCGAUGACCUCUAUUUCAACAACCAAUCAUCGUUCUACGUUAACUUCUGCUUCCCAAAGAUCUGCUAGAUCUAGAUCAGGUCAUGGAGAGCAAGAUUCAUUCGUUAGAAUCAUCAACAUUCUUGUUGACAUGACGGCUGGUCAAACUCCAUCCAAACCGAUCAUCGAGACAUUCGUCCUCUCUUCUAUCACAUUGGCGGUAUUCUCAUUGUCUUCUUUACUUGGUGGAUAUCUUUUGGCUCCAUUCAUCACAUUGGUCAUCCCACCGGUUGGAGCGGCCAUUUUCAGUGCUCUUGUUGCUCCGGCUGCUGUCUACUAUCAAUUGAGCAAGGGAUACGGUGCUAUUGAUGGCUUCCGUUUGUUGGUCAUUGCUGCUGCUGCUCAAGGAGUUCUCACAGGAGCAGCUUUUGUCCAUUUCACUGUCCCAUCCGAGCCAUUCAUUGCACUCUCCACAAUUGCUGCUUCAUUCGCUAUUGCUAUGAUCAAUCCAACAUCACGUUCAGCGUCUCUCUCCACAACAUUCGCAACAUCCAUCAUCAUCCAUUCAUCUCUGGGAGCAAUUGAAGGAGCACUGACCCCCAUCUACUUUGUUCUUACUGGUCUCUACACUCUCAGUGCUCUGGUUCCAAUCCAAUUGGCUACUCGUGACCAAGGACGAGCAAAUGUGAAUUUGUAUUCUGCAGUCCUCGUUGGAACCACAAUCGCCUCCAAAUGCUUCGUGUAUGGAAUCCUCGGAAAUUCGGAUGCUCUGAUUUUGGUCGAGCAACAGCUUGGAAACGAAGGCAUCAUCGAACAGCCAACUAACGCAUAA